AUGAGCUGCGUUCCUUGUGUAGAUCCCUGUAGUUCCGUGUCCAAAGACGACUUGGACAGGUGGACAAACAGUCUGAAACACGUUUUGGCCAAUCAGACGGCCACAAAAAUGUUCGAAGUCUAUUUGCAAGCAUGCAAAUUGGACUCCGGAGAAAUUUUGGAGCUGUGGAAGAUGUGCGACGGGUUGUUGCGCUACGUGCAUCACAAAAAAAUCGAAAACGAAACGUCAAGAAUUAAAAAUGACUACAUCGCCAUAGUAGAGUGUGCCGGCGAAGUGGAGGGGCUGACGGAACACCAGUUGCGCCGGUUGGAGGAGACUAAGACCAGUGGGCCGAAGAAGAUUUUAGCCCGCGUUGAGAAACUACGUCAGACAGCAUACGAACUAAUGCAGCACGACUACGGAUUGUUUAGGAAAAAGUUGUUAAAAGAUCACAAAAUAGCGAAAAAAUAA